AUGGAGGUAACGGAUCGCAUUGCCUCUCUGGAGCAACGUGUCCAGAUGCAGGAAGAUGACAUCCAGCUGCUUAAAUCUGCACUUGCUGAUGUGGUUCGACGCUUGAAUAUUACAGAGGAACAGCAGGCCAUGCAGAACAAGAAAGGACCUACCAAAGAUCAGAGUAUGAUUAAAAAAGCUGCUGCUGAGGCUGAUAAACAUGUCAGUCCUGCUGCCACAGCAAGACCGCUGGUACAAACCCUGCCUUUAAGGACUACUGUUAAUAAUGGAACUGUGUUACCAAAGAAACCAAGUGGCUCUUUACCUUCCCCAUCAGGAACCAGAAAGGAGACUGUAUCACCAGCAGCAAAAAGGUCUGUGAAUCUUCUCAAUGCAUGCAAACUGAAAAAGCCUGCUCUAAGCACUGUUAAGAGAACCAGUUCAACUGAGCGUGUGUCCCCAGGCGGUCGGAGAGAAAGCUAUGGAGAUUCCAAAGGGAGUCGCAACCGCACUGGUUCCACCAGCAGCUCAUCUAGUGGUAAAAAGAACAGUGAAAGCAAACCCAAGGAACCAAUGUUCAGUGCAGGGAAGCGCCGUGUGACACACUGCAAAGAGGAAGGAUACGUAAAAAUGUUUCUUCGUGGACGUCCUGUUACCAUGUACAUGCCCAAAGAACAAGUGGAAUCUUACAAUUUGGAAGCAAAAGUAGAACUACCAGCCAAGAGGCUUAAACUGGAAUGGGUCUAUGGAUAUAGGGGUCGGGACUGUCGCAGUAAUCUCUAUCUUCUUCCAACGGGCGAAACUGUGUAUUUCAUCGCAUCUGUAGUUGUGUUGUUCAAUGUUGAAGAGCAGCUUCAGAGACAUUACACUGGUCAUAAUGAUGAUGUGAAGUGCCUGGCUGUCCAUCCUGAUAGGAUCACUAUAGCAACAGGUCAAGUUGCAGGGACAUCCAAGGAUGGAAAACAAUUGCCACCACACGUGCGUGUCUGGGAUUCUGUAACUCUGAACACGCUUCAUGUCAUCGGAAUGGGGUUUUUUGACCGAGCUGUCACUUGCAUUGCUUUUUCUAAAUCUAAUGGAGGAAGUAGCCUGUGCUCAGUGGAUGACUCAAACGACCAUGUGCUUUCUGUGUGGGACUGGCAGAAAGAAGAAAAGCUGGCAGAUGUCAAGUGCUCUAAUGAAGCUGUAUUUGCUGCAGAUUUUCACCCUACUGAUACAAAUAUAAUAGUUACUUGUGGAAAAUCACACCUUUAUUUUUGGACACUAGAAGGGAAUUCCCUUAUUAAAAAGCAAGGAUUAUUUGAGAAACAAGAGAAGCCAAAGUUUGUCCUGUGUGUGACCUUUUCUGAAAAUGGUGAUACUAUUACAGGAGACUCAAGCGGAAACAUUUUGGUUUGGGGGAAAGGUACCAACAGAAUAAGUCAUGCAGUUCAAGGGGCACAUGAAGGCGGAAUAUUUGCGCUGUGUAUGCUACGAGAUGGCACAUUAGUAUCAGGAGGUGGGAAAGACCGAAAGCUGAUAUCUUGGAAUGGAAAUUACCAAAAACUUCACAAAACUGAGAUUCCAGAGCAGUUUGGUCCAAUAAGAACAGUAGCAGAGGGAAAAGGGGACGUUGUGUUAAUAGGAACCACUAGAAACUUCGUCCUACAGGGCACGCUAUCAGGAGAUUUUUUCCCAAUUACGCAGGGUCACACUGAUGAGCUUUGGGGACUUGCAGUCCAUUCCUCUAAACCUCAGUUCUUCACUUGUGGACAUGACAAACACAUUACCCUCUGGGAUGCUACCACUCAUCGUCCUAUCUGGAACAAGAAUGUAGAGGAUCCAGCACAGUCUUCAGGCUUUCAUCCUUCAGCAUCUGUUGUUGCAGUGGGGACGCUGACCGGCAGGUGGUUUGUGUUUGACACAGAAACAAAAGACUUGGUCACUGUACACACAGAUGGAAACGAACAGCUGUCUGUAAUGCGUUACUCACCAGAUGGAAACUUCUUGGCAAUAGGUUCCCAUGACAACUGUAUUUAUAUAUAUGGCGUAAGUGAAAAUGGAAGAAAGUACACUAGAAUUGGCAAAUGUUCAGGUCAUUCCAGCUUCAUUACUCAUCUGGAUUGGUCUGUUAAUUCACAAUAUCUUGUGUCUAAUUCAGGAGACUAUGAAAUCUUAUACUGGAUCCCCUCUGCUUGUAAGCAAGUCGUAAGCGUCGAAACAACUAGAGAUAUAGAAUGGGCCACUUACACCUGUACUUUAGGAUUCCAUGUUUUCGGUGUAUGGCCUGAAGGUUCAGAUGGAACAGAUAUCAACGCUGUCUGUCGAUCACACGGGAGAAAACUGCUGUCAACAGGGGAUGAUUUUGGCAAAGUACAUCUCUUCUCAUAUCCAUGUUCACAGUUUAGGGCUCCAAGCCACGUGUACGGUGGACAUAGUAGUCAUGUAACUAAUGUCGAUUUUCUCUGUGAAGACACCCAUCUCAUCUCCACAGGUGGAAAAGAUACAAGUAUUAUGCAGUGGCGAGUCAUUUAGAAGAAUCAUCAGUGUGAACAUACACAGUUGAGUCGACCAUGCACAGAACUUAUGUAUAAACUGUAUAUUUAAAAAUUAACAGUAUGUUUGCAGUUUAGCCUGGUCACUGUGAUUUUUGUUUAAAAAAUUCUUACAAACCUCAGGAAAAUUAAGCCCUGUGCUGGUUACCUUACUCAGUCUAGUGAUUUUUUUUUCAUUGUGUCACACCUUAAGAACGAUCGUUUUCUCUUCUGUUGUACAAUACACAAUGCAGUACAAGUUGAAUAUGAGAAAUGUGGCUUGACAGUUUGCAAUACAGUGGUAUCAUCAGAACGUGACUAUCUUAAAUGUUUUCUAUAAACACUGCUAAAACAGUCACAAAAAUGCCUUUCAAAGACUGUAUAUAUGUGCUUAUUUGUUUCACUAUCUAUACUUUGUACUGUAUAUCUACUUAUUUAGAAAGAUCUAUGACAAUGUCAAGGUACCGAAUUGUUUCUGAUGGAGGAUGAUGAAUAGAUACAAAAAGUAUAAUCUGAGAUGUAAGAUGCAAAAAGUAGUGUUCUAGACCUGAAAAUGUGAAUGCUGGUAAAUUUGCAUUCUUUUGGGAAUCACACACCUUGGGUAUCACC